CCCUCCCGUUCCGGUUUCCUGUGCCCCCUCCUCUCCCGCACACAUCCCCGGACAUGGCUCUGUGAGACAGCACAUGGCGGCCCCGGCCAUGCAGAGCCCCCCUAAACCAUCCAACACCCCCCCGCUCUUCCUCCUCCGCCACUAGAACACCCGACACUACGCCCCACUCACCAGCAGCAGAAGCGGCGGCCUCCGGCAGCAUCAUGGGGGUGCACGGCUUCCAGGACUACAUCGAGAAGCGCUGCCCGGGCGCGGUAGUCCCGGUGGAGCUGCAGAAGCUGGCCCGCGGUAGUUUAGUCGGGGGAGGCCGCCAGAGACCCCCCCAGACCCCGCUCCGCCUGCUCAUCGACGCCGAGAACUGCCUGCACCGGCUGUACGGCGGCUUCUACACGGACUGGGUGAGCGGGGGCCAGUGGAACCACAUGCUGGGCUACCUGGCGGCCCUGGCCAAGGCCUGCUACGCCGGCAACAUCGAGCUCUUCGUCUUCUUCAACGGCGCCCUGGACAAGGCCCGGCUCCACGAGUGGGUGAAGCGGCAGAGCAACGAGCGGCAGACCGGGCAGCAGAUCAUCAGCCACGUCCAGAACAAGGGCACCCCGCCCCCCAAAGUCUGGUUCCUGCCCCCCGUCUGCAUGGCCCAUUGCAUCCGCCUGGCGCUAGUCCGCUUCCACAUCAAGGUCGCACAGAGCAUUGAAGACCAUCACCAAGAAGUUAUUAGUUUCUGCCGAGAAAAUGGAUUCCAUGGCCUUGUUGCUUACGAUUCAGACUACGCUCUGUGCAACAUCCCUUACUACUUCAGUGCCCAUGCGCUAAAGCUGAGUCGCAAUGGGAAAAGUAUCACCACCAGCCAGUAUCUGAUGCAUGAAGUGGCCAAGCAACUGGACCUCAAUCCCAACCGCUUUCCCAUAUUUGCUGCUCUUCUAGGGAACCACAUCUUGCCGGAUGAAGAUUUAGCCGCUUUCCAUUGGAGCUUACUUGGCCCAGAUCAUCCAUUGGCUUCAUUGAAAGUCCGUGCUCACCAGCUUGUGUUACCCCCUUGUGAUGUUGUGAUCAAAGCGGUUGCUGACUAUGUCCGUAAUAUUAAGGAUACCAAUGAUUUGGCCUCUAUUUCUAAUGAUGUUUUCCAGCAUUCACAGUCAAGGACGGAUGACAAAGUUUCCCGGUUCAAGAGAGCAGUCGCUUACUACAGAGCCACCAACAAACCCUUGCCAUACUCAGCAGCGCCAUACCCUGGCAGACCAAAUAGAGGCCCUGGUAUGAUGCAGGCACCUCACAUGUCCAUCCCAGGUGGCGCUCCUCAUAAAGGUCCAUAUCCGUACAACCUUUCUGAAUCCACUGCCACCGUCAGUCCAACAAACAAAAGUGUGUCUGAGCAGAACAAUUACAGCAACAUUCCUCAUGAAGGCAAACACACCCCCCUGUACGAGCGAUCCUCUCCCAUCAACCCAGCGCAGAGCGGGAGCCCAAACCAUGUAGACUCUGCGUACUUCCCACAGUCAUCUGCUUCAUCCUCAUCCGAUAAUGAUGAUGGCACUGGAGGAGCCACCAACCACAUCAGCGGGACCAAACCUGAUUGGGAUAAAAAGAGUAAAUCACCUGGCAAAUCAAAGAAGGAUGCCACAGACCAAGCCAAGACUGAAAAUCCCUCUCCAGCCCCAUCAGGAUCCAAAGCCACCGACAAGAAAGGUAUCCAGGGAGGGCUACAGAUACCUUGUCUUCUUUCCAUGCCCACCAGGAACCACAUGGAUAUCACGACUCCUCCGCUGCCUCCCGUGGCACCUGAAGUGUUGAGAGUAGCGGAACAUCGUCACAAGAAAGGGUUAAUGUACCCCUACAUCUUUCACAUCCUUACAAAGGGAGAAAUAAAAAUUCCAGUUACCAUUGAAGAUGAAGCAAACAAGGACCUCCCCCCUGCUGCAAUCCUUUACAGACCUGUGCGCCAGUAUGUCUACGGAGUCCUGUUCAGCCUGGCAGAAAGCAGGAAGAAAACGGAGCGUCUGGCAUUCAGAAAGAACAGAAUGGCUCCAGAAUAUUACCCAGUCGUUAUAAAGGAGUGGGCCGCCUACAAAGGAAAGUCCCCACAGACCCCAGAACUCGUGGAAGCUCUUGCUUUCAGGGAAUGGACCUGCCCAAAUCUAAAGAAACUUUGGUUAGGAAAAGCGGUUGAGGACAAGAACCGGAGGAUGAGAGCUUUUCUGGCAUGCAUGAGAUCUGACACACCAGCCAUGCUCAAUCCCGCCAACGUGCCCACUCACCUCAUGGUGCUGUGCUGUGUUUUACGGUAUAUGGUGCAGUGGCCUGGCAUAAGAAUACUCCGGCGCCAGGAACUUGAUGCCUUCCUCGCCCAAGCACUGUCACCAAAACUUUAUGAGCCUGAUCAGCUUCAAGAACUCAAGAUUGAUAACUUGGACCCCAGAGGGAUUCAGCUGUCUGCCCUGUUCAUGAGUGGAGUGGACAUGGCUCUCCUGGCCAACGACGCCUGCGGCCAACCCAUUCCUUGGGAGCACUGCUGUCCCUGGAUGUAUUUUGAUGGCAAAUUGUAUCAAAGCAAGCUUAUUAAAGCCACCAGGGAAAAGGCCUCACUUAUUGACCUCUGUGAUGGUCAGGCAGAACAAGCUGCCAAGGUGGAUAAGAUGAGACAAAGCAUCCUGGAAGGGCUACACUUUUCCAGGCAGAACCACCCACUGCCAUUCCCACCACCACCUGCCAUGCCUUUCUACCCUGCUAUGUAUCCACGACCCUUUGGACCAAUGCCUCCACCUCCAGGUAGAGGAAGAGGAUUUUCUGAAAUCGAGAUUCAUCAGACCAGGCACCAUUUUUCCAGUCUUCAACAGUCCAAUUUUGGAGUCCAGCCCAUUCCUUCUCAGGGAGGGAAGCUUGAAAUCGCUGGGACAGUGGUUGGCCAGUGGGCAGGAACAAGACGUGGCCGUGGUAGAGGACCUUUUCCACUGCAAGUGGUUUCUGUUGGUGGACCAAAUAGAGGACGCCCCAGAGGAGUUAUAUCUACCCCAGUGAUAAGAACAUUUGGAAGAGGGGGCAAAUAUUAUGGAAGAGGAGGAUACAAGAAUCAAGGGCCAUCUCAGACCAAGCCGGCAUAUGCCACUUCUGCAGCCGAAGUGGCCAAAGAGCUUAAGACACAAUCCGAAGACUCCAAAUCAUCCGCCGUGUCUUCAGAUGGAUCUCUGACCGAGAACGGAGUGGGGAAUGAGGAAACUCAAGCUUCCCAGAUAAACGGGGGCUCUGGAGAAGUCCAGCCUUCUAAUCACUCUGAAAGUGCCUUAAGCAGUGACUCUAAACAGUGCAAUACAAAUCCUCACUUAAAUGCACUAGCUUCAGACAGCGGGCGCCGUGAAGAGGAGACUCUCGAGGCGGCUGUCUUAAAAAAAGAAGAGUAAACUUAUUUUUCUAGAGGGUGAAGGGUGUUAGACAGUUCAGGGUUAGGAAUAUCUGGAAAGAUGGAGAGCCUACAGUUACGUACAUUUUUUCCUUUCCGUAAGUGAAAAAUGAGGAUUUGGAAAUUCGGAUCCCUCUUUUGAUGUCAGGCUAAAAACAAUUAACUAAUAAAAAAGAGAUAAGAUUUUAUUUUACUUUUUAACCAGUUUGUAGUCAAAAUGCUACAGGGAUCAAUCACAGCUGAGAAUAAGAAGAGCAUUUGACUCCCACAUUUAGAGAAACAUACACAGGGAUAAAACUGGUUGUAACAACGACAACAAGAAAGACAAAAAUAAAACCGCUUGUUCUGUUUCUCGCGAUACCAGAACACAAAUUUUUGGCAGUUUUUUUUUUUCAGUAUAAAUAUAUAUAUAGCUUAAAUAUAAUUUGUAAUAUCUGGCACCAUAUGUAUGCCAUUAUAUUUGAUUUUACAUUACUGUGUCACAAGAUAAAAAAAAAAAAUCAGAAACUUUGGUUUCCAGAUUAUGAUAAUGAAAUAUGGCACAAGCGUUUUUUUUUCCUUUUCAUUCUUUAUUAUUUCAUCGCUGUUGACGUGGUUUUUCUUUUUCUUUUUUUUUUCUACUAAGACGUGCAACUUAUUGGAACACAAAAAAAUAGUGUAACCUUUUGCAGAUUUUUGCUGAUAUUUUAAAUACUCAUUACUCAUACUAUUCAAGCAACUUUGAAAUCAUAGGGAAAAAAAAAACUGACUUUUUUUUUUCCCGAACUGAGAAAAUGGGCGUUCUCAAAGUUUUUCCGUGAUACUGUUAUACCAUGCAUCCGUGAUCAAUGAAGUUGUGUGGUUUUUGAAUCAGACGUAGACCAUUAGUGCUAAUAUUGACCUGCAUGGUUCAUCCUUUUAAGGUGUAUAGUUAAUAUUAUGCAUGUUCUUGUCCUAUUUCUACCAUUCUUACAAGUUCUGUGCCCAUCUGCAAAACAAGAAAAAAAAAAACUAAUAAUCAGUAAUAGUUCUAUGAAAGAUGUUACUUAUGUUUAGUCAUUGACUGAUCUCUCUCUAACCUUUAAAGGAAAUUUUGUGAUUAUUGACCUCUGUUGCAUUUAUCCUAAAAACAAAAAAAAAUUAUCUAGCCGUUUAAAUAUCAACGUUUCCCUGGUGUAUCCAUUGCUGUAUUGCAUUAUUGUUCUUUGUUGCUGUUUUCACAUUAGAAACUAUGAAUUCUGUGAUAAAAAGAAAUCAUAAAGUGCUUUGAUCUUUAAUCCUACCCGCGGCCCCCCCACCCCACUUCUUUAGCAGAACAGGUUUGCCAGUUCCUGGCAUCUUCACUUUCAGGAAUGUAGCUUUUUUUCCUUCCGCAAAGUACACCUGUAUCAUUUUGAUGUUUCUGUUAGUGUUUCCAAAACUUUUAAAUGUACUUUUUUGGAAAAAAAAAAAUCCAAACCAACUUUCUCUUCGUUUUCUUAUAAUUCUCCUGAUGCUCUUCAUCACUCAUUAGUGAUCAGAAAUGAGGUGUAACUCCCCCAUUCCUUGCCCGCAAGAGCUGAGUAGGUAUUUUUAAUGUAAGUUGAAAGGAGUUUUGCCCCAACUCAUGGACUGUGCAAGAAUGAACUACUGUUGGCUUUGACUGGAAGUCGGUGGAUUGAGGUGCGUUCUGUUUGAAGGCUAUUGAAUGCAACUUACAAUGCUUAAUAAAAAUCUUUAUUCUUUUAGUAUAAA